GGCUCGUAAGCCGGACCUUAAAAUAAUACGAUUGUAAGUGAAAAAAACCCCAUCCCUAAAAACCCAGCAAAAUCUCCCUGCCCUCUGCUUCACCUAAGCUUUGUUGACGGGCAGUUCCCGAUCCGUUGAAAAUCAAGUAAUUCUCUCUCGGUUUCUUACCUUCUCAACGCAAUGGUUUACAUGGCUUCAUGGGACGAGUUCGUUGAUCGAUCCGUACAGUUGUUCCGUGCCGAUCCUGAUUCUACUCGGUAUGUCAUGAAGUACAGACACUGUGAUGGCAAGUUGGUUCUCAAGGUCACUGACAACAAAGAGUGUCUUAAGUUCAAGACAGACCAGGCACAGGAUGCUAAGAAGAUGGAGAAGCUAAACAACCUAUUUUUUACUUUGAUGUCUCGGGGCCCUGAUGCGGAUCUGUCGGAAGUUACAGGGAAAGAACAGACAGAAGCACAGCCAGGGAAGAAAGGGAGGGGAAGGAAACAAUAACCUAGCUAUUGCUAAACAAAUAGGACUUGGACAUAUUUUACAUAACUUGUCGAUGAAUUAAUCGAAUUUUUGGAGCUAUGUGCCUCUUUACUCGUACAGAUGGAUAACUGGGAAAAUUGCUGUUCGCUUUGAUUCUAUUUAUCCUGGCAAUGAUUUUUCCUAAAA